AUGCCACUAGAGCAUAUCAACCUCGCCCGGAACCGUCUCAGCCCUGCUGGUGCUGCCACGGCCAGGCGAGGCAGCACCAGCGGAUCUGAGACGGCGGCAGGGCAGGUCGGCGAGAAAUUCACCGCAACCCAGGAAGAACUACUUGUGAUCCAGGAAAAGAUGAAGGAUCCUGUUUUUUCGGAGCUGAUGCAUGAGUACAUGAAGUCAUUGGAGGACCCCGAGACACGACGCGAGGAGGAGGCGUACCUAGAGCAGGCCGAACGAGAGGCGCGAGAGGGUGGUGAUUUCAGCUUCGAGUUUGUAUUCCCGCGUGCCGCGUUUGUAGUGGAGCUUCUGGAGUCGUCUAACACGGCGGUGUCGGCGGUGGAGCUCAAGAAACUGGGCUUUGACACGUCUGCCACCACACGCACCGCAGCGAAAACCAGCAGUGCCCGAUCUUUUUUGAACUUCUGCUCAAGCGAGAAGGUGAAGGCUUUCACCGAGCGAACCACGGGGGACGCCAAGGCAAGCAACUGGGAGGUACCGGUCUCUGUAUCGCAGCGACGCGUGGAGGCAUAUCAGCCAGUGAAGUCCAGCCCGUCUGCGUCGAUCCCAGCCGAGUACGUAGCAGCGUGUGACAGUGCAUUUGCGUCGUCGUCCUCACCAUCGGUGUGCGUCGUGCGUGAUGUCGUGUUCCACCCCUCAACACUCGCCCUGGCAGAGCGUAGCCCGCGCUUCAUGUGCUUCUUGGCGGAGAUCGCUGUCGAGCACAUCAAUAGUGGCUAUGGCGAGUCGAACGGCUUUCGCUUCCGCCGCCUGCCUAGCAGCAUCGUAUCCAUUGGUACCCCGCUGAACCAAACAAUUCGGUCUUCCUCGCGGACGGGCGGGUCGCUAUUUGACGCGGACCCACGUGCGCCGGUGCUGACAAGGCCGACGAAGAACUUGCCAGCCGUUAAGGACAGUGACUGCAGCCCAAGCACCGCAUCACCAUCACCCAGCACGACUUCUGCCAAGGCGUUAACGUCGUUAGGCACUGGUGGCGCGAAGGGACCGAGGGGCACCGUGAGCGAGGCCGCUGCUGCCUCCGCAACCUCGUCGAAGACUGCGGCGCUGCCGCCGUACACAAUCACCCACCGCGGCUCCGUCGACCUCAGCGAUGCAUGGCAGUGGAGGGUUUCGGAUAAGCGCGUCGGGGUUCCCGAGGAGCUGAUCGUGAAGCUGACGUUUGCAGGGGUACGGCGAGCUUCAGUGCUGGAUAUCGCCAUUACCCCAGACGGCCAGGCGGUGCGCAUCGACCCGACCGAGGGCCAGGGCCGCUACGAAGGGCUGCUCGUGUUGCCCUUCACGGUGGAGGAGGCGCCCCGGAAAGCUCAAUUUGACUGCUCCCGUGGUGUGCUUACGUUGACGCUGAAGGUGGUCCCGCCUCCCCUGCCGGAUGGCGCGCCGAACGCGGAGCAGCUGCGUAAGGCACUGCAGGGCGAGACAGGCGACGCGGUGGACGAGUGCAUAGGUGAGUUUUCAGAGAAGGCAGCCAUAAAUCAACAGUCCGAGUCGCAGUCGUCUCAUUGUGUGCCAAGUUCCUCGUUUGCUGAGGUGGGGGUGAAUGCACUCGCCAAGGAGACAGCCGCAUCACCUGCGUCAGUCACACGUGCUGAAUCGCCAGAAAAGACUUCCGCUGAACCACUACUGCCGACCCCCGCUGCACCGACCUCGAGAGGCCCUGAAUUGGCGCACAUCGGCGACCAGGAUCGUGUGGCGGUGAUGAUGGCGCAAGUGCGGGCCGCGCGAGAGGCGCGGGAGGCAGCAGCGGGUACCGUCGAUAUCGAGAAGCCUGAUGCCUCGGUACCCGCAUCUCCUUCUGUGCCCACCACCGCUUUGUGUGUUUCUGUCGACAACGGCAGCGACAAGUCUGACGAGCAGAUGCAGCACACGGCUGUCGCUUCUGCGAGUGACAGUGCCCAAGCCGAGGUCACUGCGGCUCACGAGAAGUCACAAGAGGCGAUUCCUUUUAUUCGCAAAGCUCCGGUGACCACGGCGACCCUGCCGGCCGCCGACGUCGGCGACGAAGAGGGCGACGACAUCAAGACUAUGCGUGCACGUCAGCAGGCCUGGGCGGCCAUGAUAGAGGCGGAGAUGCAAUUGACAAGGGCGCGCGAGGAGGCUGAGACUCUCCAAGCGGCGCAGGAGGCAGAGGUGCAGGCGGCCAAAGCUCGGCGUAAGAUUGCAGCGGAGAAGGAGCUGGAGCGACUUACCCACGCUGCCAGGGAGAAACGGAACUCGCUGCCCUUGUCAAACAAGUACAUCUUCUCCAUUGACUAG